AUGAUUAUUAUAUGCUAUAUUACUCUAUUAAUUUAUUAAACAAUCUUCAAUUUUUUAAAAUUCAAUAAUAGCUUUUUUAUUUUCUUAAACAAGCUAAGAAAUUUAAGCUCAUAAAAUUCUCCAGAAGAGUAUCUAGAAUUUUCUUUGAUGGAUUUUAUGUAAUAGCUGAUUAAUUUAUCAAACGAAAAAAAUAUCCUUAAAAUUUAAUCUAUUAUUUAAAUAAUUUUAAUCUAAAAAAAUUUUAACUAAUUUUGUUUGUUUGUUUUUUUUGUUUUUAUAAUCGUUUUUUUAUUUUUAACUUAGAAAGAAAUAUUUUAUUUUGUUAAUUAUUUAUUAUUAUAUAUAUUCAAAAGAAAUUUUUGUAACAUUUAUUUCGUCUAUUUUCAGAUUGCUCUCAAUCGAAUAUAAACAAAUAAAUAUAUAGGUAGAUAUAUAAAUAAAAUUCUUUAAUAAAAGCAAGAGAUUAAUUAGCCUAUUAGCAAUAAUUUAUCUUUACAAAAUUUCUAAAUCAAUUUAAAUUUUCUUCUUGAAAAAUUUUUUAACGCUGAAGGAAUCUAAGUAACUCACUAUUUAUAAAUUAGUAAAUAAGCUGGCGAUGCCUCAGAAAUUAUUAAACAGUAUUAAAAAAUGAUUUUCCUUCUUUCUUAGCGCAAUUAAUUGCAAAAAUAAUCAUCAUUAAUAUUAAUCAAAACACAAUAGAAUUAAAUAAGUCAUUGCAAUUAUUGCAUGAAAAGGCUAAUAAGAGAGCUAGAGUUUUUCUCUUAAUAACAAGAAACUUACAAAGUAAAAGUCUUCCCCUAAUAAGAUGACCUUGCUUAAAAUUUAUUUUAACAUAUAUCAUAUUGCAAUGUCAAUUCUCAAGAGGUAGAAUUUGCAUGGAAAAUUAGUCGUCAGCUUUAUUUAAAUAUGGCUGCAAUUUUUAACUCUAUAAGCGAAUAGAUGAUUUUUCCAAACUCUAUUGAUACCUAACAGAGCAAUUUAGAAGCAGAAAUGAAUCAAUCAUAAAGUACUAAAAAUAGUUUUUUAAUUAACAAAUGA